AUGGGGGGCAAAGAAUUAUUAGGACUGGAGGGGGCGCAGUUACGAGACCAAGGAGAGGAAGUCGUGCAAUGGACUAAGGAGGUAGAACAAAGGUGCAGUAGAGGUACUGUAAGGGGAGAAGCAGCACAGGGCCUAUAUUUCCAGCACUCGGACAAGUUGAAUAUGAACUCGGAGGGAAUAGAUCUCCCUCGAGAAGAACGAAAGGAAGAAUAUACAGGCGCCCUUGGGCUCAGAGGAGAGGAUCUACAAAGGGAUUUGAUGAGUAGGAGGAUUAGAUGA